AAAUUAAUAAGCCAAAAAAAAAAAAAGAGAAGAAACUUAGUAUAACUUUUGCAUGGAUUUGCUAAAAAAGUGGGGAGGAAAAUAAACUUCUCUCUGAUCCACUGGAUUACAAAAUAAGGGGAAUAUAAACUAGCUGUUACUACGGUUCAGUGGUUUUCACUCUGGGGUGUUUUCUGCAUGCUCAUUUUUCUGUUUUUUAAUUGAAACACACAUGUAAAAAUGUUAAAGGGCUCGGCCUUCAUCUAGACUUGUCUGUUAAAGUGUUUAUUCCUUUACGAAACUUAAUAUAACUUUCACUUGUAUCUGUUAAAAAGCAGGCGAAGAUGCAGCCUUCUGAUCUGUGAUCCACUGGCUUACAGACGCUGGUUUUGCUGACAGUAGCUUUGCGGCAAAAUUCUGCCGCUUCAAAUUGUCCUUACUAAAAACUGACCCAUGUGAGUCUAAAAUACAGGGGGAAACUUUUUUAUCACUAGACAUUACUUUUAUAAAGAGAUUUUCUGUGUUUUUAACCCUGCGUUGUUUCUGCGUGCUCACUUGUCAUUGAAACACACGCAAAAGGGUUGAAUGAAACAUUCUUUCUUCAGAUAGACUUGUUUUUCAAAGUGGUCGUCUUUUCUAAUCCACUAACUUUAAAAGACUGCUUCAAAUUGUUCUCACUAAAGGCACAGGGAAAAGCUUUUCAAAACUUUUUCUUAGUAAGGGUUGGUCUGUUUAGGUCUGGGGUGCUUCUACGUGCUUUUUUUUUAUUGAAACAUAUGCAAAAGUGCUAAGUGAAGGGAUGUGUCUUCAUAUAGGCUUGCUAACAGGGGAUUUGCUGCAGCUUCAGAUUAUCCUUAUUAAAAAAAAUAACCCAUCUUAGUCUAAAACAUAGGGGGAAACUUUUAGAAAUUGUUACUAAGGGCUUAUAGUUUUAACUUUUAUUAAAGCCCCUAGGUAAAUGGGCUACAUGGCGGGGAAAAUGCUUGGGGUUUGUUUUUUUAUAUAAGAUUAAGGCAGGUUGGGGGGGGGGGGAGGGUGUCUUGGGACUGUAGGAUUGGUUCAGGAAAAUGAAUUGUAUGACACGGCUAUAGAACCACAUCUGAUUGGGCCGACCCAAAGGCGGUGGUAACAAGCCUGAGGGGCUGUGUACCUGGGAAGUUGCCUCUUUCCGCAGAAACACUUGGAAGGUCCAUCCUCAGCCACAGAGGGUAGCCAGGAUCGCCCUGCCAGCCAGACGUCCCCAUCCGAACCGCUCCAGGCUCUGGCUCCAUUUGGUGAGGCUCUCCGACACCCGCUGCCCCACGCUGUCAGGAUGGAGGGGGCUCUUCUUCGACCUUCUUUUCUUUUGCUGCUUCUGCUCCUACAGCCGGGAGAGUACUCCAGAGCAGCCGCAGACGAGGCGGAGCUGACCGGGAUUCUGGGAGGCUCGGUCACUUUCCCCCUGAGGAUCUCAGCAGAACAGAAAUUUAAAAACGGGGCCUGGUCGGUAAACACAAGGAGUCUAGUCACCGUCACUGCAGGGAAACCUCCCCACGUCCUGGUGUUUAACCCAUCCUACGAGGGACGCCUGCGAUUCUCUGAUGAGAGCUACUCGCUUCAGAUCACCGACCUGCGGAUGGAGGACACGGGCAGCUACACCGUCGAAUUCAGCACAGACAAAGAGCAAUUCGCCUACAGAGAAUUCACGCUGCACGUGUCCAAGGGACAACUGCCACCCACCAUUGCCUGUGACUCAGUGGCCUGUGAGGACGACGCCUGUAUCUACACCCUGCGCUGUGCCGUCAGGGAUGGAAGGGAGAACGUGACCUACAGCUGGAGUAAAGCCCCCAGCAGCGUUCUGUCCACGGACUCCAUCGUGCACAUCCCUCAGCGGCACCAGGCAGCUCGUGAGAACAUCACCUGCACGGCACGUGUCCCCGACGGGAACAGCUCCAGGAGGACGGUCUCCCCGAAGGACUUCUGCGCAGAGCAAGUGCCGGCGACAACGAUUGUCUGUGACUCGGUGACCUGUGACAAUGGAACCUGUCACUACACCAUGCGCUGCGUGGCUGGGGAGAGAGGGGGACAGGUGGCCUACAGCUGGACUCAAAAGGACAGCGGCGUGGUUGUAUCCACCAGAGCCACUCUGCGCAUCUCUCGGAGACCUUUCCAGGCUCUCCCGGCCGUCAUCUGCACAGCCCGGCACCCCGCCAGUAACAGCUCCAGGAUGCUGUCCCCGAAGGACCUGUGUCCAGGUAACCCCCCUGAUUCCCCACCAGAGCGGUCCCUGGCCUCGUUGCUGUCCUACCACCUCACCAUCCUGCUGCUGGCGCUGGGAGCCCUGAGCGCCGGCCUCAUCGCGUAGCACGGCCUCCCCGGCAGGGAGCGGAGAUGGGACCAAGACCAGAGGAGCUCCCACGGCGACUGCCAAUCCCACCAGGCACCGGCAUUCCCCAGCCUACCAGGCCAAGGGAUGCAAGGGUGGGAGGACAGGGGACACUCACUUGCAGCGUCCGAAGGGUUAAUGUCACUGCGUGGGGAGCAAAGCAGAAACACUGGGUCCGGCAACGGGGCUGUCAACUCUCUGAGCCUAUGGUGGAUCUCGUUAUUCACAUAAAUAUCUGGGAUUGGUUGUAUUUUAAUACUGAGGAUAUCUGGUAGCAGUGAGUUCCACAGGUUAACUCCCCAUCUCAUAAAUAAAGUCUCUGCCAUUUGA